AUGCCGAUUCCCAUGCCUGCCGGAGCCCUCUCGGUCGCUUUCCGGGUCCUGUGUCUGCGCUGCCUUCGGGCCAAAGCUCGGAGCGUCCCGGCGCAUGAUUGCGUCUGGUCUGCUUCGAGCUCAAAGUGCGAGUACUGCACUAUGCAGCACUCCACCUGUGUCCCGCUGCCCUGGUUCCUCGAUGAGGAAUACCACGCCCUCGUCGCCGCGGAAACUGCCAUCCCUCUCGUCGCCGCAGACAUCGCGGCCGCUGCCUCGGAGGCAAAUCGGGUGGCCCUCGUGGCUGCCCAAAGUGUUCCCAAGUUCCGUUCCGUCGCGGAGCGCGACUCCUACGAGGAGCUCGGCGCCACGCGCGCCGCCAUCGAGGCGGGUAUGGGUUUUGCUAUCAAACUCAAGAGCAAACUUGGAAAUCUCCUCCUCAAACCUACAAGUCACUAUACAUAUUUUGGCUUAUCACACCAACAACAAGAGCAAUACUACUCAACGAUUGCUACAACCAUCUAUGAUUCAUUACACGUCAUCGCUCCUUAG